AAAGAUCGUCUAUAAUCGUUAAGCAGUUUUACGCGUUAGCCACUAAACCUGUCGUUUAUUCGCCAAUUGUAAAUAUUUGCUGCUGAUAACAUUACAUUUCUAAUUCGGUUAGAUGCGCGAUCACCCGAUAAAAUCAUACUAGAAAGUUUUUUAGCACUGUUGUCAAAUAACUUACUAAUAAGACUUUUGCAACAAGGAUGACAUCAUCUCUCUGUAAAGCGUUCCACUUCCGCUUUUACUGGUUUCAAGCCUCCAUAUUGCUGUUCCAACGACAACAAACGAGCAGGCCGUGUUAAACCCCACUAUUCUCCAUAAGUAACGACACAUUGGACAAACUACGAACUCAGUCAGGUACCUCUCCUAAGAUGGCUAUGGUGAAGAGUGGCUGGCUCCAUAGGCAAAGCACCAUACUGCGCCGCUGGAAGAAGAACUGGUUUGAUUUGUGGGCCGACGGCCGUCUCGUCUUCUACAACGACCAGCAGCGGAGGGACAUGGAGGAUGACAUCCACAUGAGGGUGGACUGCAUUAACAUCCGCAGUUCGGCUGCAUGUCAAGAGCUGAACCCUCCAGAGGGGAAGACACGUGAUGCUUUGCUUCAGAUAGUCUGCAGAGAUGGACGGGUCAUCAGCUUGUGUGCUGACAGCGCGGAUGAUGCCCUGGCAUGGACCAUGGCACUGCAGGAUGCUCGAAUUAAUGCGAUGGUUGCGACUCCUCAGGUGGGCUUCACUCCAGAAGUGAUGGCCUCCUCUCCUCCCCCUUACUCUGAAUACGCUCCCCCACCCCCGUUCUAUGCGCCGGGCCAGUAUGGAGAGUACGUCGCAUCUAGCCCGCAUGCAACGCAGAUCAUGUACGCAGCCGACGGGCAGCCCUAUGCCGUCGCCUACCCUUAUCAGUACCAAGGUGGCUACCCUUCUGGCGGAGUCAACCACGUGGUCAUUCAGGAGCGCCAGCGCGAUAAUGGCGGCGACAUGGCCAUGGGCAUGCUGGCGGGUGCGGCCACUGGUCUGGCACUGGGGUCGCUCUUCUCCGUCUUCUAAGUGUGUGCGCGUUCUUGUACAUCUAUCUACUACAGCAACAACACACCCACCCUACACACCUUUUAUUCAGAAUACAAACUCCUCUCUGUGAAGCAUGGCGGGAUGGUGACACACUUUCCAUGUAUCCUAAAAUAUUCAACUUGAGCACUUUCUCCAAAGCCUUGUGUGGCAAAUAAUAUAUUUACUUUAAGAAUAACUGUAAAUGACAUUUUGUACACAUGCCUUCAUCUUAAAGCCAUAUCAUUUUUUUGUUUGACAGUAUUUUGUUAAUGUGUCCCACCCUGAUAGGUAUAGCAACUAUACUCCAAUUGUGCUUUCAUCCAAAGAAAGAAGAGGGAAAAAAAAAAUCCAAAAGAUGCCCGGUGGGAUACAUAGUGGUCAUCUACAUCCAUGCAUGUCUUGUUUUCCUCAUGUAUUUAGAUUUUUUUUGUAUCGUAAGGUCUUCGGUUUCACAGGCUAUUAGAUGCAAAGGCAUCAGGUGAGGACAUCAAUGCAGCAAUAAUUUUCAUUAUUAGUGUAGCAUUUUGCUUGAUGAGAGUCUCUGGAUAUGGAAAAAGGGACGCUUGUUUAGCAACGCACACAAAAAUGUGUUUGGUUUUACAUUGGCAGCUGCGAAAUGGCAGCUUAUUUCAUUUCAUGCUGAUAUCUGUGGAGAUCCAGUUACAUUUCUUUUCAUGCUGAUACCAUGCCCUUUGACUUAAUUUAUACCAUUUCAAAUUGUUGCGAAUCCUCAGUAGGAAACAUUGUGGCCUGCCAUCUUAACAAAUAUUGCUUAACAUCACUAAUAGAGAUGUGUGAAAAUGAAGGAUGUUAUUUCCAAAAUGUAUGAUGUUGUCAAGCUAAGUGUGCUAGUUAAUUAAUAAAUUAAUAUAAAAUUUGAUGCUUUUAGCCGAGAGAUGUAUUUUAACAAUUAAAUGUAUUCACAAUAUGA